AUGUACAAAAAAGCGAAAGCGACACUCCCUGGGACUGCGACAGAACGUCGAAACGUCACGAUCAAUAAAGUCGUCCCAACGAAGAGAGAUUCUUUGAAGGCACAGAAAAAUGUGCGAUUCGCGGUCGUAGCUCCGGCUCGUGACACGCCAUCAGCCACUCUACCGGGCACUCCACAAGAAAAAGGAAUCAAUCCACAAUUCUCAUCGACGAGCGCUACUGGUGAAGGAAAGAAGAAAAGUGGAAAGGGUUGGAGAGGGAAAAAUGGUGAAUCGAUACAAGGAAAAGAAGAAAGACACUUGAAAGCGAAUGAUUCCGCUUACAAUGCACAGUUCAAGUAUACGGACAACUAUAUCAAGACGUCAAAGUACAAUUUGUUGACGUUUCUCCCACAGAAUCUCUUUGAGCAAUUCACGAGAAUCGCUAAUUUUUACUUUUUAGUGCUUAUGAUCUUACAAUUUAUUCCUGUAAUUUCAUCAAUAUCUUGGUACACGACAGCCAUUCCACUUAUAUUUGUAUUGGCUGUUUCAGCUGCGAAAGAUGGAUAUGAUGAUGUGCAACGACACAUUUCCGAUCGACAAGUGAACAAUCGGAAAUCGUAUGUGGUUAGAGGCGGUCGCUUGGUGGAAGAACCGUGGCACAAUGUGAAAGUCGGUGAUGUGAUUAGAAUGAUGAGCAAUCAAUUUGUUGCGGCUGAUCUUUUUGUCGUUUCUUCCUCAGAACCCCAUGGAAUUUGUUAUAUCGAAACAAAAGAAUUAGAUGGGGAAACGAAUCUGAAAACGAGAGGCGCAAUCCCGGAAACGGCUGAAAUGGGCGAUGAUUUAGAUCAAAUUAGCGCUUUCAAUGGGGAAAUCGUUUGCGAGGCACCGAACAAUAAAUUGGAUCGAUUUCAAGGGCAAUUGAUUUGGCAACAAAAGACUUUUCCCAUCACAAAUGAUCAAAUUCUUCUUCGAGGCUGUAUUUUGAAGAAUACUAGAUGGUGUUAUGGUGUGGUUGUGUUCGCUGGCAAAGACACCAAAUUGAUGAUGAACUCAGGAAAGACGAAAUUCAAGAGAACGAGUCUUGAUCGAUUCCUCAAUGUGCUCAUUCUUGGGAUUGUUCUUUUAUUACUUGCAAUGUGCCUUAUUUGUACAAUUCUUUGCGGUGUUUGGGAGUGGACAACUGGACGAUUUUUCACGAUUUAUCUCCCUUGGGAUAGCACGAUUCCUGGAUGGGAUGAUCAAGAUAAAGGCGGAAAACAAAUCUCAGUGAUCUCAUUUCUGAUGUUCUUUUCGUAUAUCAUCUUGCUCAAUACAUUAGUGCCAAUUUCGUUAUAUGUCAGUGUGGAAGUGAUUCGAUUUAUCCAUUCAUUUUGGAUAAACAACGAUAAGGAAAUGUUUUAUGAGAAUGGAGAGAACAGUGUCUCGGCGAGAGCACAAUCGACAACGCUGAAUGAAGAAUUGGGACAAGUUCAAUACGUGUUUUCGGAUAAAACGGGUACUUUAACAAGGAAUAUAAUGACAUUCAAUAAGUGUACGAUAAAUGGAGUGCGAUAUGGAGAUGCGAUUGAUUCAAGAGGGAAUUAUUUGGAUAUCACUGAGACAACUCCAUCCGUCGAUUUCUCGUGGAAUUCCGAUUACGAGCCGGAGUUCAAAUUCUACGAUUGGAAUUUAUUGGACGCGUGUCGUAAAGGAACCUUUGAAGUGACCGAAUUCUUUCGAUUACUCGCUUUAUGUCAUACAGUGAUGCCCGAAAGGGAUAAUGGAAGGCUCGUCUAUCAGGCUCAAUCCCCUGACGAAGCCGCCCUAACAUCCGCGGCUCGCAAUUUCGGUUUUGUUUUUCGGAGUCGAACCCCUCAAUCGAUCACCAUCAGUUUGAAUGGAGUUGAAGAGGUCUACGAACUCUUGUGUAUUCUCGAUUUCAACAACGAUCGAAAGCGGAUGUCGGUCAUCACGCGAAACAGUCAAAACAAGAUCCGACUUUAUUGUAAAGGAGCCGAUAUGAUGGUCAUGGCUAGAUUGAGUCCCUCGACUUCUCCUCUCCUUUUGGACGCCACAAAUCAGCAUUUGGCCGAUUUUGCGGCGAUUGGAUUGCGAACACUUUGUCUGGCUUAUAAAGAUAUCGAUAAUGCUGCUUUUGAUGAUUGGAUGAACAGACAGCGAGAGGCGGCUGUUGAUAUGUACAAUCGAGAUGAGAAAUUGGAUGCAUUGUAUGAGGAAAUGGAGAGAAAUCUAACUUUACUGGGUGCGACUGCGAUCGAGGAUAAACUGCAAGACGGAGUUCCUGAAGCAAUCGCUCGACUAGCUGCAGCGAAUAUCAAGAUCUGGGUGCUCACCGGAGAUAAAACUGUAAGAAACUAUUCCAUCAAUAUUGCCUAUUCUUGUCACCUGUUGACUGAUGAUAUGAGCGAGAUUAUGGUCAUUGAUGGACAUAGCGAACAAGAGGUGGAUGUCCAACUGAGAGACACAUGGAGGGCAUUUGAUGCGGCCCUGGCUGCGACACGAACGGCUCGUUUCGGAUGCACGACAGCCGUCGAGAGAUACAUUGAUGAGAUCAUCAAUUAUGUGAGAGAAAUCGAGAAGAUAAAGGAUGAAAAGAAGAAUUUAUCGACGAGCAUCAUCGAUCGACGAGAAUAUCGCCCAAUCGAACAUUUAUCGAAAGCUCGUCCACCAACGGCUAGCGCGCGGAUGCCUGAAAGAUUUGAUAUUGAGACAAUUCAUGAAGAAGGAGAGUACGCAAAUAACCAGAAUGGAACACAAUCAGCGAACAGAGGCGCUCCAUUGUCGCCAAACAGUGGAGAAGGUGGAGGAGUGGCGCUGGUGAUCAAUGGGGAUUCUCUUGGAUUUGCUCUCACUGAUCGUUUAGCUGCCACUUUUUUGGAAAUCGCUUGUAAAUGUCAGGCAGUGAUCUGUUGCCGGGUGACUCCGCUUCAAAAAGCUCAAGUGGUUGAUUUGGUUAAAAGAAACAAAAAAGCGGUAACCCUAUCAAUCGGUGAUGGAGCGAAUGAUGUGUCGAUGAUUAAAACAGCUCAUAUUGGAGUCGGGAUCUCUGGACAAGAAGGAAUGCAAGCCGUGUUGGCCUCUGAUUACUCAAUUGGACAAUUCAAAUAUUUGGAGCGUUUACUUUUGGUGCACGGACGAUGGUCUUAUAUCAGAAUGUGCAAAUUCUUGAGCUAUUUCUUUUAUAAGAAUUUUUCUUUCACUCUCACUCAUUUCUGGUAUUCGUUCUUUUGCGGAUAUUCUGCACAGACGGUUUUCGAUGCAAUCCUCAUUGCUUGUUACAAUCUUUUUUUCACUGCAUUACCCGUUUUGGCGAUGGGAGCUUUGGAUCAAGAUGUGGAUGCGGAUACGAGUUUGAGAUUUCCAAAACUUUACCUACCCGGUCAAUACAAUUUAUUCUUUAAUAUGAGAAUAUUCAUCUAUUCGGUGCUACAAGGAAUGAUCAGCUCUUUGGUGAUCUUCUUCGUUCCAUACGGUACAUUCAUUGAGGCGAUUGACCCAAAUGGGAGAGAUCUCAACGAUUAUCCCGCACUAGCGUUCACCGCUUUCACAGCUCUUUUCAUCGUUGUCACUAUACAGAUUUGUCUUGAUACCUACUAUUGGACAGCCAUCACUCACAUCGUCCUCUGGGGAUCGAUUUUCUUCUAUUUCGCGCUCUGUUUCAUCUUUUACGAAGCUCUUCCCUUCUCAUUUCUUUCAAAGACAGCCUCAGCCAUUUCCUACAAUGUCGCUUUUCGGACAAUGGCCACCACACAGUUUUGGUUCUCGAUCUUGAUGCUG